UUUUUUUUUUUUUUUUUUUCCGGAGCACAAGAGGUUUACGCUAGCUCAUGGUUUGCCUUCGAAAGUAUGAAAUUCCUGUGGGACAAGAACCAACCAAAACCAACAUUGAGUACAAUCCAGACCGCAACAAGUGAAGCAGCAGAGGAACCAACACAAGUGCCGGUAGAAGGUGAGGAACGGAACACAGGUUUGGCAACAUCACAGGAAAGAAACCCUUCAGGGUUUCUUUCCUGUGGAAAGAAAGGCACUCCAAGUCGCCCACACCCAAAAGCAAGAAGCCGAAGACAUCGUGCUUCUAAUUUGCGUAGCCAUGAUGAGAGGGUACGCAGUUUGAUUCAAAAUGACAUUCUGAACGUAUUUGUUAGAGCAGACAGAGGCUGUUACAACACUGACCAUCCUUUCCCUGGCAACGUAGUUGGAGGUCCACAUACAACCCAUUCAGUAGGAUUCCAACCCAAAUUCUGGCAGUCUCAUAGUUAUUCAGACUCAUCUCAGAGUCAUGAUUCUGGAACAAUUACUCCAGCUGCAUUGCAACCAUCACCUUUCCCCAGUACUUGUUCGGUAGCAGAUGAGUUUAACAUAGAGGAACUAAGAUAACUGAUUUGAUUUUUUCACAUGUGGUCCUUACACUUCAAAUGAGGAUAUAGAUAUCUUCUAUUAUUGAUUAACAACUUUACUUUGUUUUUACUUCAUUGUA